GGAGGAAAAACAGAUCCCAACAAAGAAAGCGCGUGUUUGGAAGAGCUGCUGGGAGGUAGGAUCCUGCUCCAAACUUUCUGUUGAGUUUCGUUCCGUUCCGAUUCGGAUUUUCCCCGAUUGCUUUUGGGAGCGGAGGACUCGGAGGUGCUGUUCCGAAGUUUCCCGGGGGACCAGCCUUUUUGCACAAGCUGGCAGAAAAACUUCAAAUCCAGCAGAAGCGACACCAGUCCCAUUCAUGGGUCCAAGUAAAAGAGUGGAUUUGAAAAUCGUAAUCAUUGGAGCUUUGGGUGUAGGAAAAACCUCUCUUCUCCAUCAGUAUAUUCACAAGAGAUUUUAUGAAGACUAUCGCAGCACCCUGGGAGCUAGUGUUUUGUCCAAAGUUAUGGAAGUAGACCACACACCACUGAAAUUGCAGAUUUGGGACACUGGAGGCCAGGAACGAUUCCGGUCUAUUGUGUCCACUUUCUACAAAGGUUCGGAUGGUUGCAUGCUGGCUUUUGAUGUCACAGAUAUGGAUUCUUUCGAGACCUUGGAUGUUUGGAGGAAAGAUUUUCUUCAGAAAGUCAACUCUACAGAGCAAGGCUUCCCAAUGGUUGUGCUGGGGAACAAAAUUGAUCUGAAAGAUCGACAAGUGUCCAAAGAGGUGGCUUUGUCCUGGUGCAAGGAGAAGGAUAUAGCAUAUUUUGAAGUUAGUGCUAAAAAUGAUAUUAAUGUGGUGCAAGCUUUUGAGACCCUGACAAGGCAAGCACUAUCAAGAUAUCAAGGGGUGAUUGAAAACUACCUAACCGAAUCUAUAAAGCUCAGUCCGGAAGAUCAGCCCACAACCAAAUGUUGCUGACAUCCCAUUUGGAAUGAUUGACAUUUGGAUACAGUCUGAAAGUUGGCACAUGGAACAGCUGCUGCUCCUGGGGAAUGCUGCCCAUCAGGGUAAAAGAUGAACUGAUAUAACAAUAUUGCCCUCUGGCAUCC